UCAAUAGGAUGGUGGCGCCCUAAUUAAUGGUCAUUCUAGCCCCAGCUUUGAGUUACACAGGAGCUGACUGUCAAACAGAUAACCCUCUUAGAGGAAUGUCACCUGCGUCAGUCUCAGUAAUGCAGGCAGCUGCUCGUGCUUGUGGAUUUAUUAGCCCAAUUCCCCCCGGACUAUUUGAAUCGCUUCUUAGAACUCAUAUUAUUUUGAAGAGAAUGCCUUUUAAGUUUUUCUUUUGAAUUAUUAUUGUGAUUUGGAAAUCUUUCCAUAGGAUGGCCACCUCAAAUGGGAAGGGUGAAAAAGUGUCCAAAUUUGAGACAUUAAAACUUCUGGAGAAAUGCAGGAAGGAAAGAGACGACGCCAUGCACAGGGAAAGUGUUCUCAGGGAGAAACUGAGACAGUAUGAGACGAGGAUGCGUUCAACCGAGGGUCUGAAACAGAAACUGAAGACCUUGACCAUGGACAACAAGGAGCUAAGGAAACAAGUGAAGGCCCUCCGUACUGAGAUCGGACUUGAGUGCAGCCCCAAGUUCAACGGAAAGACCACAAAGGACAUAAUAUACGACUUGCACGAGAAGGAGCGUGAGUGCACUUCCAUGGUGGAGAAGGCUGGCAAACUGAGCCUGACCAUUGAUGAUUUGACAUCCGAGUUGGCAAACACAGUCACCUCUAAAACUCUAUUAGAAGACCAAGUUCAGUCACUGCAGCAAAACCUCAAGGACAUGACAAACAACCAGCGCCGCCUGCUGAAGUUGUGGGAAGACAAGAAGGCCCAGCGGGAGCAGUUUGCGCUCCCUGCGAUCACCCAGAAGCCUGGACAGAGACCAUUCGUCCAUAAGGGAAUUCAAACUGAGAUGUCCGUCAGUACAUCCCAAAAGCUCCCAGUCAAUGCAUUUGAGACAAAGCCAUUCUCCCGGGACAAGGACAGCAAGAAUGCUUUGGAUAAACACAGUUUUCCGACUUACGGAAAUGGCUAUCAUCACGAUAAGAAAACUUUCAUGCACGAUGACGCUAAAGUCAGACAGAAGGAGAUAGCCACCAACACAUCUGCUUUGAGAAAGUACAGGGGAUAUUGAAAAUGAUUAAUGGACUUUAUGUUUAACAUAUCUGUAUCUGUCGGUGUGGUGCCAAAAAGUGAUCGCCCGCCAGAAAUUGAAUUUUAAUCUGGGUCAAACUCUCAUAACGGGCACAUGUACAUGACUUUAUGUCUGAAAUAAUAUCAAAGAAAUGUCUUUGUGUAACGUUUCCUGUAAACGAAUAAUCACAAUUGUGGCCGCAAGUGUUAUGCCGUUUACAUCGUAAUCAGGAAAAACGAUCCUAUUGUUUUUAAGGUUUGUAUGUCUAAAAUUACCACACUGUAAUUAACAUGAUGAUAUAUAGUAAUGGGUUAUGUUAUAAAAUAAAGAAUUUGAUUGCAAUUAUCCUUAUAACUGCA